UGAACAUGAAGCGGCGGAUCGACCUGCGCUGGCUCGGGCGCACCAGCAGGCUCGUGUGGUACGAUGGCACCUCCGAUCGCAUGGUCGAGGCCAGCGCCAAGACGGUCUUGGGUCUACCUGCCGAGACGCGAAUCCUCCUGCGCGACGGCGACGGCGACCACGUGCCGGUCGCUGGCUGCCUCCCGCCCGGCACCUACGACGUGAUCGUGUUUGACGGCGCACCGCCGCUGCCCACCGACGAACCGCUGCCUGUAAACACGAUCGCCCUUCCGGACGACGCGGUUGCGGUGGCGCCGCCCAUGCUGCCGCUCUACCGCACCGUUUUGGGCCACAAGCGUCAGCGCACAGCUUCGGUCUCGACGAUCAUCGGCCACUUUAUCGAGGUCUUCACGGUGCCAAUCGCCGCCAAUGACGUGGUCAACUUCGUGCCCAACCAUGGACCGUUUGCCCUUCAUAGCCUGUACGCGGCGCUCGUGGCGUCCGAGUACGACCCGCCGGACGCGACGUCGUUUUACAAAAUCGCGUCGUCGGCCGUCGUCCUCGAUCGACAGCGUGCGAUCCGGUACUAUGCGAUCCCGCCCUCGGACGUGGUGCAGCUGCCACCGGCUGGAAAAGGACCGAUCUUGCGCGCGUACUUAAAGACGUCACGCCUGCACGCGCUGCCAGCCGAGACCAGACGGCGUCUACUCGGGCUCGCCGAGGUGCUCAAACAGUCGCCCGACGAUCUUCUCGCGGCAUACCACCGCUUUCUCAUGCAGUUUACGCCCAUUUCCAAGGCGCAAUUCACCAAACACCAGCAACGCACGUCAUGACAAUGCAGCGUGCCAACGGUGCGGAAGAAGAGCCAAGUAGUUUUCCAUCACUUAUCCGGAUGUCGUCCCUCAAAAAAAGCGAAGUUCAUGGCGUCGCUCACUGGCAAGUAGAGACCGUUGGGUCGAGAGAGCCACGCCAACGAG